CGCUGUUUCCCUUGUUAAGUGAUAUUAGUAUUUUCUGUCAUAUUGCAAAUCAGGUAGUUUUUCAAUUGCUCUCUACGCGUACAGUUCCGUCUACUUUCCUUUCUCGAUUACUGUUCGCUUCGUGUACCGUUCUAUUCAAAGCUUUAUAAGCGACCAAAAGGUAGUAAACAUUGAGGAUUCGUUUUCCAUGAUGGUGAACCUUUUUUUAUAUAUUUUCUUCGUUUUACUCAACCUUUUGCAAGCAGAUGCUACUAAAAAUGCUACAAUUUUCUUGCGUUUAUUCGAAAGAGAUGGCUCUCAUUUUGAUGCACACGUAUUAAAUAUAAAUGAAUUGGAAAGAAUGGCAGAUCAUUUGCGAAAUGAUAAAAGCAUAGCAAUCUACAUUCAUGGCUAUCUAGAUAAUGUAACUACUGAAGAUGUGCAACUUGUAACACGUGCGUAUUUGGAGGCCACGGAUGACAACGUUCUUGCGAUCGAUUAUCGAGAAAUCGCUAUGGUCAAUUACGUAAUCGGUGCUUCAUUGCUCAAGGUAGUCGGCAAACAUUUUGGCGAAACUUUAAACUUUUUUGUGAGUUCCGGUGUGAAUCCGAAAAAAAUACAUCUAAUUGGACAUUCAAUGGGCGCGCAGGUAGCUGCAUUCACUGGACGUAAUACGAACUUCAGACUUCCCAGGAUAACAGGAUUGGAUCCCGCUGGACCCUUAUUCUACAUUUUCAAUAGCCGAUUGACUCGUAACGAUGCUGACUUCGUAGAUGUUAUCCAUACCGACGCGGGCUUUUACGGAAUAGCUUUGUAUAGUGGCCAUGUGGAUUUCUAUCCGAACGGUGGCCACAGACCGCAACCUGGUUGUAUGCUAUUCGGUCCACUCUUAUCCGUAACAGAUCUCUGCAGUCAUCACAGGUCGUGGAGAUUUUAUGCAGAAUCAGUUAAAGACCGUAACGCUUUCAUUGGUAAAUGUGAAGUCAACUGCAGCAGCAGCGAUCUUGUUCCAAUGGGUAUUGCUACACCAAGUAAUACGACAGGUAAAUAUUUUCUGACAACAAACGCGGAGAGUCCUUUUGGUCAAGGUAAAAGGAGUAUUUCUCUUCAUUAGAUCUUUAGUUAAAAAUCUAUAAUAUACACUUUAUAUCUGUCAAAAAACCAGAAUAUUUCUUACCCCUUCCGCUAUAAUUAUAUUAUAAAGAUAUUAGUAAUAGAAUUAUGCAAUUUAUAUAAUUUAUGUACUUGUAUAUUUUUAAGAGAUUUUUCAGUAAACCUUUAAUUAGAUUUAA